AUGGUUACACAAAGUUACAUCAAGGGCAUGCAAGACGACGAUGGCGAGCAAUUUGUAGCUCAUUUCAUUCCAACAGUAGAAACUCUCCAAAAGACACUUCACGAUAAGGAAGAAGGUCGAAGCUUUGAAGAAGGAGCUGUAUAUGAGCAUAUAUUAAAUCGAGAGUACACGUGGACAGUGAAGAAUAAGAACACGAAAGGUUUUGAGCGCGAUAACUACUUUGUUUAUUACAAGGAUGGAUGUUUCCAUUAUAAUGAACUAGAAACCAAAGUACGGUUGGCACGACGGCGCCGUACUGCGCAUGAGAAACCUAACACGCGUCUGAAUAUUACGUAUACCGCUCCUACUGAAGCUGAAAUGCAACAGAUGACAAAUAGAAUGAACUGUUUGCUGAGGAACUACGACUCGGACGAUGAAGGUGAAGGUGAUGGAGGUGAGGGUUUUUCUGUCCAAGACAGCGUGCAGCAACAGCAGUUUCCGCGAGACCCACCAUGGGAGAGGAGC